CGAGCAUAAAGAAGGCAAGGAGAGCUGGCUGCUACCUCUGCUGUUGAACCUAUACUAAAAUAUGUCCGAGAACACCCCUUGUGGUCGAACACAGUCAGGAGACUACGUUGUUACAUAACGAUACGUUUGUUAUUGACAUGGAAGUUUAUAAAGACAGUCCGGAUCCGCGGCCCCGGAGCAGCUGAAGAUGGCUCUAAGAAGUAGUCCGUGUUUGCAUGAGAAUCAUGUGAACACCUGCGUUUGAGGCCAGACGCCCUUUGUUUCCAAGCAUGUCUGGCCAAGAAUCCCCUGUUGAUCAACUAUUACCCGCAAUAGAACCCGGAGAUCCCCACCGGCGCUGGAAUAACAACGUUUAUCAGCGGUGUCACGGCUGCUUGAGACGCACCCCAGAUAGAAGGCAUGCUAGAUGUGUCCGGCCUACGCCCGGCCACGGGUGCCGCCACUGCAAGUCGGUAGGUCUUGUCUGCCUCUGGGAAGGGUUUCUCUUGCCUCCGGUCCCGGGUAAAGUAAAGCGCACAAGACCGACGCCGUGCGAUAACUGUCGGGAAAUCCAGGCGGCAUGCGAUUUUGGACGCCCAUGUCUUCGGUGUGCACAAUCGAAUCAACAUUGUGUGGGUGGCAGCAUGACUAACUGCUUCCACCGAGGUACCCACAGCGACCAGUUCUAUGGUUAUUUCCUCAACCUCGGUUUCGGAGCGAGUGGGAUCGAUGAUCCAAAUACCGUCAAGCUCUGGUCCCAACCGCCUGACUAUCACCUACAGUACCAGCAGUGGCUAUUGUGGCAGAAUAAGGACAAUGGACUGAAGUCGGUUCUCUAUCAAGAAUAUCUGACGGUAAUUCGACUCACGCGAGAUGUCAUGUUGCGGGGAGUGUCACUAAAUCUGGCCAGUAUCAUGGCACAACUGAGGCAGGAUUACGAGGCCGGUGUCCUGGUAAACAAGUCUCAAGCUUGCCGGGAUAUUCAUAUGUAUCUCUACCGAGAGAGCGUAGUGUUCCCGAUAUUUGACAACCCCGUCAUGGAAGUGGCACCUGUCAGUAUUCCCGAGGGGACCAAAAUGGACAUCUUAGAAUGCCGAGCCUUAAACCCGAGCCCAGACGCCGAGCUCUCGUUCCUGGCGCCGUUGCGGAACGUAGCAAAGACGCCGAUCGGUCGCCCCAGGUUGCCCGGCCCGGCACGACCGAUUUACUGGGUACCUUGGGAACUAGAUCCUGAGCAACUCCCGGUAAUGCCUAACGGCCAUCUGUACCCCCCGAACCACCCGAACAUCGUCGACGUGGACCAUCUCAAAAGGCCGCUACCCCCGCACCCGAACGAGAGCGGCGAGUCGGAGUUGUCGUCUAUCCCGUACAACCGUAUCUGGGACGACGGCGAGAUGUAUGAGGCGGACCACAGAUGCCGGGUAUCUUCGCAGACGGGUGAGGAAUGCGGGAACCUGACGCGACGUGGCUGCGAAGAUACGACCCACACUGGGCAGGGAAUGCCGAUAUGCGACGCGUGCGAGGAGAAAAGCCGAAUGGCAUUCGCGCAGAGAUUCGUGCACCUACUUGCACACCUCCGGGCGCAUUUCUGUACGGCAUGCGUGAAUCAGGACCUGGUCACGCUCUUCACCGGCGCCGGCCACUCGAUCUGGUUCGACUGGAUGGCCUUCGGGGCGGCGUCGUCGCUCGACUUCUCGGCCCAGACACUAGUCGGCACAGGGUACACGAAGCGCGUGGGCGAUUACAUGGGCAACCCCCUCGACAUGACCGGCUGCUCUUGCGCCGUCCUCUUUCUUGGGAGGCGCCUCUGCAACCCGCACCGGCUUGCCUAUCUGAUAAAAAUGCAGCAGGCCGCGGACAACAUGAGGGCGUACUGCAAGAACUUGUACGGGCGAAUGGUCUGCCCGGCUUGUCGGAUCCGGCCGGGCAUGGAUAGGUUUAUGUUUCGGGGCCCCGAUGGCGGCUCCGAAACCCCCAUUCGGGUCUACGGCUGCUUGAACUGCCACCAGUUCGUAUUUUCUAAUAACCCCGCCUCAGCGACCGAGUUCUCCAUGUCGAACCUCAACUCUCCGACAGCACCGCCGCCGUAUACGCCCCGUCAGCACGAAAGGGACGAGAGGGUCCUGAUCAGGACGCGACGUGGCGCGGUUUUGCUGAGGAAACGAGCGUCAUUUGAUGAGAUGGAGUAGGCUCUGGGUCAGUGGCUAGGGGCCUCGCUGUUGCUCCUUCGACAUCGCGAUAGGUAAGAAAUCGAGUCUGGCACGAUAGUAGUCUUGGUUCUAGGUGUCAAAUCCACCCACCACGCGUCCCUACGGAGAAAGCAUGAGUGCCGACGACGCCGCGUAGUUUGUCUUGGUGUGCUAGUAGGUAGAUAUUUAUCGACUGUUUAUCGAGAAGACGGCAUCUUGCGUGAUAGAUAGAUUCGUAGAUAGAUUCGUAGCCAGACUCCGACUCUUGUCAGCCCACAGUUAUAAUUAGUUCAGCAACUGCUUGUCGAGGCGGUGUUGCAGACUUUGACCUCUUCCCGUUCAGAUUUCUAGCUGGUUGAUUCUCGUAAGCUGUACGUGUAAUGCGAUAGGUAGGUACGUAACCGCGCCCGGAGGUUAUAUACCAGGUACCUAAGGUACCCAUGAAUUAAUGUACCUAGGUACCUGCCUAUUCGUUUAAACUUGCCGCACAUGGGCAGCUGGUAGUCGUUCUUGGCGUAGCGUGUUUACAGCUGCAUCCAGCUGAUGAUUCUGGCUCUCGCCCCUCGGUCACGGCCAAGUUUUGCAACCCCGGCUUAUCUGUGAUUUCUCUCGUGACAGGCCAGGAGACGAGUCAGUAGUGGUAUUAAGCAGAUAGCAUUGCUAAGAGGCGAAAU